AUGUAAACUUAAGAAGAUUAACAACAACAAGAUGAAAUUAAUUUAUUUGAAAAAUAAUCAACAAAUGAUUCUUAAUUACCUUAAUUUUCUUCAAAGUUUAUUGGAUUUUUAAAAUAAAAUUCAUUAAAAAACAAUAGUUCGAAUUUCAAAAAUCAAAAAGUAUAAGUUAAAGAAACCAUUGAAUAUAAUUUCAAUAGUGAAAGUUAAAAUUCUUCUAUUGAAAAUUCUUUGUAAAAAUUUAACUUGACUUAAAAUAGAAAGAUAAGGUAAUAAUGUGAUCAAAGUAAAACAUAUUCCAAUUAAAAAAAAUCAUAAUAAAACUAAAGUUAAAUUAAAUCAUCUCUAUUUAAAAAACAAAAAUUUGGUGAUGGAAAAAAUUUUAGUAUAAAGGACACAAAUUCUAUAAAAUUGUAAGAAAUAUCAAGAGAGCAAAAAAAUUAAAUUAAACUUACAACCAGUCCUGAGAAUAUUUCUAUUUAGCUAAGAUAUAUAAAAGAUAAAGAAAUAUUGUAGAAAGCAAAGAAAGUUAUUUUUGAAUAAAGGAGAACCAAGUUAUUGUCAUUAAUGAAAUAAUUAUGGAAAAAAAUUAGAUUGUGUAAAUAAAAAAAGAAAAUAGUUCAAGAUGAAAUAAACUAGUUUUAAAUAAAUAAGAGAAUAUGCUCUUUAUUAAAAAAUCCAUUAUGA